AUGGCUAGUCAGCCACCUCCUCUCAACGAAAUGGAGGAAACUUCAAAGACUGUAACUUACAAAGACUCUAUGUCUCCACAAGAAAUCGCCGAGAUGCUUCGACAACAUGAUCUUCAGACAAGAUUACAUCCCGCCCUAGUUCAGAAUUUCAAUAUGAUGAAACUCAAUAACAGCAAUCUCCAUGGCAAAGACUCUCAAAACAUUGCUUCAAUUUCAUCCCGAUUUUCUGCCAACUCUUACCAGGAUCUAUACAAUACAGUGAUCAAGACCUGCAGCGCUGAUUUUACUACUUCAAACAUGGUGCAACUCAGCCAACAAGCUCUUCAGGUCAAUGAACGUCCCCACACCCCUUUUCAAUCGUCAGAGAAGACCCCCAAAGAGAUUCACGACCUCCCACAACCUCUAAUCGAUUUUAACAAACUGCGCAAUUCCACUUCAUUCUCAAAGUUUCAGAAUGAUAAGAUCCAAGAGCAAUCCAAGGCCCCGAUGACGCUUGCUCCAGGAGAAAUACCACAAAGCUCUAAAAACUUCAAGAAGGCUUGCAUUUCCCAUCUUCUGAACAAUAUUGACCUCAAUGAGGAGGCUCACAAUGACAUUAACCAGGAAGCUUCCGACGAGCCAUCCUAUUCCUCUGUCAACUUUGAUCCCCAGCAAAAGAUUUAUCGGGACAUCCAGAAAUACCAUCCCAUCAAUCCAACUGGUGGUUAUUACAGGUUCAUUGAGUUGAACAAAGAAUUUCUCGAUGUCAAUACUACUUCAUUCAAUCAAUCUGAACUGCAGGUCCCACAACAUGAGCAAGAACACUCAGAUAUGAUGUGGCUUCAGAGAGCAUGGUUGACAGCGACUGAAGCUCUUUCUGCUGGAAAAGUUUGGAAACGCGUGCAGAGUGAGCAAAAGGCUGCUUUCGACAGAGCCAUUGUAUAUCGUGCUCAGCAUAAAGAGUUAAAUUCCAGCAUCUUACGACUUCAAAUCGACAAGUUUACAGCUCGUAUAUUAUUUAUUAUCGAGGGGUUGCAAGCUCCUGCCUGUUCGCCGACCAUUGUAGACUUGAAGAAUAUUUUAAGAGGAUCACAAUCUUUCAACACUCUAUCAUAUGAGAAAUGCAAUAUGUUGAUGGCAGCCCAGCGACACCACAAUAAGCACGAGCUUAUCGAUAGCCCAGAAAGUGAGACGUUGCGAAGCGCCCCCGAGAAGGUCAGAUCCAUUCAAAGCACUCAACCAGAUACCUCUAAUCAUCGCGAAGAAGAUUCUUCAUGGAAGGAUUCUAUGGGCCGAAUUACACAACAGCCGAUGAAGCAUUGCUCCUCUGAUCUCGAACCCAAAGGCUUUGAAGGUCUUCAUCAAAAUCAAGCUACCUUUACUGGUGAGGAUUGCAGCCCAGCUUUGCUUUCUGGUGUGCAUAUGCAAAUCAACGCACAAUCGGCAGUCGCGGUCAAUCCUGAUGAUAUCAUCAAUGUUGGAAAUAAUGACAUACGUUCCGGAAAUGAAGAUUCAAUUGAUGGAAGCCUAUACUCCGAUGAAAAUAUGAGAGUUCCAGCAUGGAAUAUUUGCAAUGUUCGACAAACCAGACUCGGCACUGUCAGGGGGCACCAGCCUAAUGCCAAUGUAUACCAGGCUGCUAGUGAUGAUUUUUCGUUUGUAGCCAUCUUUCAAGAAAAGCUUGAUGCUCUCAAGACUAUUGACCAGAAGUGUCAAGACCAAAGAGCUCCACUUAUCCAGGGCACAAAUAUCGAUCUCAAUAGUGGUGAUGCAAUUUCCCAAGAAGCUUCAAGAGCUUCCGAGAGAAAGUGGUAUCUAGAACGCAAAGCUUAUCUUGAGACCCUCCGCGAGAGGGAAGGGGAUGCAAGACGCAACGAUGCGACAUCCUUGGAUUGUAGAGAUUUCAAAAAAUACAGACAUUUGACUUCCCCAGAAUUGAAUGAAAUGAGAGAAGCAAAAAAUGAAUUUCAAGCUUCUAUCGCCGAUGCCUAUUCCUCUUAUCUUGCAGCAAGAAGGGCUAAAGAUGAUGCUUGUAUGAAACUUGAAACAGCGAUUGCCGAGAGAAAAGCUCUUUGGAUGGAAAACAUUCACAAACCUGAUAAUCCGAGAUUCAAAAAAGAGUGUUCCAACGCAGAUAAGAACUUUCUUGAAUGCCACAUGGAACGCAAAAAAAGAGUUAGUACCUUUAAUGCAAUCAAACACGCUAGUCAACAGAAACACAAAAAUAGAGAAGCUUUUGAGAAGAGAAUUGAACUUCUUAACCGUUCCUCCGGCGAUAAUAUUACUCAAAAGAUUGGACCAGCAAAGAACGACUCGGCUUAUGCUACGUUUGCAGCAGACCACCACUCGGCUCGUGUCACUCUUGCACGUCUCGAAGCUCACUAUACCGCACAGAGUGCCAAAGCCGAGCUUCAGCCACUUCGUACGAUAGAUGACGCCUGGACUGAUGGUAACUAUGGUUUUCUCGAACAAUCAAAGCAUGAUCAGAAACAGCGAAACAACUCCAUUUUGUCUAAUGAUUACAUCACUGUCCAAGAACAUGCUCAAGGCCUCAGAGGUAAUUACGAUCAAUCGGCAUCUCAGCCCUUCCUUUCCCGUCCAGAUAACCCACCGGCAAUCACAGGCCAGUAUCCCAAUCCAGAUUCUAGAAACUAUUACUCGGUUAAGAGCACAGAUCGCGCUGAGUAUAUGACUAUGUUCAAAGAAUGGAAGCCUAAUCCAAAGCAUCUCGAUAUCACGAACGCUAUGAUCCUGGAUCGAACAGCUAGAGGACGCCAAUUAGCUGGUCAACAGCCAGGAAAAUUUGGCGAUGCUAUGUUUCAACAUCUGAGACAAUGGGGUUAUUCGAGACCAGAUGCUCCUAUCGACACAGCUUAUUCUGCGACUUUGGCAAGCUCUGCGCUUGAUCUUUUAGCUGUCAAGGGACAAGGUCAAUGUGCUCCGCAGGUUGCAGAUAAGGAAGUCGUCAUGCUCAACAACGCCAACGAUACGUUUACAGAGACGAGCAGAGCUACUAAUAUCCUUACAUCUACCGUAAAUGAGCACAAUGUCAUGGCUAAUAAGCUGGUCACCGAUACCAUCGAAAUCACCAAGAAGUUCACUGAUAUCGAUAUUGCCACUGUCGAUGAACUCACCGAUAUUGCUGAUAAAGCCUUCGUCGAAGCCACAAAGAAUGAUGGUGCUACUACUUCUCAGCAAACAGUCAACAGCGAGGUCAAUUCCAGCAGUGAAACAACCGCCAAUGCUGAGAUGACCAACAUCGAAAAUCUCGCUCUUAAUGAACUUCUAAUUUCUGACACUGAUAAAUCUGAUAUCCUCAGCAAAGAUAUGAUGCAAAACCCUAAACAAGAAUUCGAUCUUGAAUAUGAUAGCGAUCUUCAAUCUGAUGCAUCUUGGGCCAUAGCUGGUGAUGAUGAUCAUAAUGUUGUUGCGGAGGCUAGUGGACUAAAAGAACUUGAGAGUCUUCAAGAAAGCGAGGAAGCUGAAGAAUGGCAGAUGCUUUAG